CUCUCUCUCUCUCUCUCUAUGCGCUCCGCUCAGCUCGUUGCUCUGCUGCAGGCUGCGUGGCUUCCAGAGAGCAAACACAGCUCACCAACUUUUUUUUUCUUUUGUUACAUUGUUUUGAUCGCGUAAACUCAAAACUCGCCACGGAGACAAAUGGCUCGUCGGUUUUCCAGCGGUUUAGGUUAGGACAGUUUUAAACUCGGGAGGCGGAUUUGGUCUAAAUUGUGCCACAACUUCAAACAAAAACCAACGGCUGAACAAGUUGAAGCCGAGAUAAAGAAUCCGGAUCGGCUUUGCUCCUAUCAAGGUCAAAGUCAAGAUGUCCGUCAGUAACCACGAAAACCGAAAGUCUCGCUCUAGCUCCGGCUCCAUGAAUAUCCAUCUCUUCCACAAGACGUCCCAUGCUGACAGCCUGUUGACCCAACUCAACCUGCUGCGCAAACGAAAAGUCUUCACGGAUGUUUUGCUGAAAGCCGGGAACCGGGCUUUCCCUUGCCACCGGGCCGUCCUGGCCUCCUGUAGUCGAUAUUUUGAGGCCAUGUUCAGUGGCGGACUCAGGGAGAGCCGUGAUGCUGAAGUCAACUUCCACGACUCUCUCCAUCCGGAGGUGCUGGAGCUCUUGCUUGACUAUGCCUACUCAGCACGAAUCAUCAUUAACGAGGAAAACGCAGAGUCACUCCUCGAGGCCGGUGACAUGCUUCAGUUCCACGACAUCAGGGACGCAGCGGCAGACUUUCUAGAAAAGAACCUCCACCAGUCCAACUGUCUGGGGAUGAUGCUGCUGUCAGAUGCCCACCAGUGCCAGAGACUGUAUGAGCUGUCAUGGCGAAUGUGCCUGGCAAACUUUGCUACCCUCUACAAGACAGAGGACUUCCUGAACCUGCCCAGAGAUAAAGUCCAGGAGCUGAUCCUCAGUGAGGAACUGGAGGUGGAGGAUGAGAGCCUGGUGUACGAGGCGGUUAUCGACUGGGUCAAGGCAGACAUGGAGCAGAGGCACAGCGAGCUGCCUGAGCUGCUGCGCUGUGUCCGUCUGGCGCUGCUCCCCGAGACGUACCUGCUGAAGAACGUUGCUUCAGAGGAGCUGGUCAUGUGUCACAAAGUGGGCCGGGAGAUCGUUGAAGAUGCUGUGCGGUGUAAGAUGAGGAUCCUCCAGAACGACGGUAUCGUAACAGGGUUCUGUGCCCGACCGAGAAAGGUCAGCCAGGCCCUGCUGCUGCUGGGAGGACAGACGUUCAUGUGUGACAAAGUCUACGUGAUCGACAACAAGACCAAGGAGAUCACCCCCAAAACAGACAUCCCCAGCCCCAGAAAAGAAUGCAGCGCCUGUGCCAUUGGCUGCAAGGUAUAUGUUACUGGAGGGCGUGGCUCAGAGAAUGGGGCCUCCAAAGAUGUCUGGGUCUAUGACACGUUACACGAUGAGUGGUCCAAAGCUGCACCCAUGUUAGUAGCCAGGUUCGGUCAUGGGUCUGCGGAGCUCGACCACAUGCUGUUUGUUGUGGGAGGACACACUUCUCUUGCAGGAUCCUUCCCUGCCUCUCCAUCUGUGUCUCUCAAACAGGUGGAGCAGUACGACCCUCAGACAAAUAAAUGGACCCUCGUGGCUCCGCUCAGAGAAGGCGUGAGCAACGCUGCCGUCGUUGGUGCGAAAAACAAACUCUUUGCCUUUGGAGGGACCAGCGUAAACAGAGACAAAUAUCCCAAGGUCCAGUGCUUUGACCCUUGCCAGAACCGGUGGUCAGUACCGGCUGCCUGUCCACAGCUGUGGCGCUACACAGCAGCGGCCGUGGUCGGCAAUCAUGUUGUUGUGAUCGGGGGUGACACAGAGUUCUCAGCCAGCUCUGCGUACCGGUUCAACAGCGAGACAUACCAGUGGUCAAAGUUUGGUGACGUAACGGCCAAACGGAUCAGCUGUCAUGCAGUGGCGUCAGGAAACAGACUAUAUGUGGUUGGAGGUUACUUUGGGGCUCAGAGGUGUAAGACAUUAGACUGUUAUGAUCCAUCAUCGGACUCUUGGGACAGUGUGACCAGUGUGCCCUACUCACUCAUUCCCACCGCAUUCGUCAGCACAUGGAAGUACCUCCCAGCCUAGAGAGACACUGACUCUUCAAGGCUUCAUCGAUCAGCCGUGGUGUCUGGUAUGCAGGCAUGUGUCUCCCUACACUGGCUGCAGCGAGGAGGAGGAGGAAGAAGAGGAAGGGUCUGUGUGUUCCUGCUGUGGGUCUAUCCAGCCUGAUUCACAGUAUCUUCAGUGGACUGAAGGCUUGAUUCCUGGAAACAGCCCAGAGACUGGAAGUCUCCUCGCCUGCCCGCCCCCGGCCUCUUUCCACCUGAUCUGUUUACUCAUACUUCUUGUGUAACUUUCCCAUGUAGCCACUGCGGGGCCUUCACGGUCGUCUCUGUAUAACAUGCCAAGCACAGCCGGGAGACACAGCGAUAGCAGAGAUGUGUGCUCUGGGCAUUAGGAAUGUUUGGUCUGCCUUGGAGUGAUCUCUGCACAGAAACUUUCUCUUUUUCCACUUCCUGGGGCGAAUAAGCUACUGUGACUGUGUGUCAGCCCUGUACUGCUCAACUGACUCACUCCCAACAUCAAACAUCAUCCCGCCACUAGAUUAGCAGUUUAACGACACGAUGUUUUACAGUUAACUAAAAAGGAAAGUCAGCUGGCCUCCCGACACAGGGCGUGUACUCAGGUGUAAUUUAUUUGGACUGCUGAUAGACUGAAUUAGACCUUUGCUCUGCCAGGCGUACAAGGAAGGAGAGAAGACAUUUGGGGAAGUGUAUGAUUUUGUGCACAGAAACAAUCUUCCUGUCUGUAUUUUUAAACUUUUGGACUUGGGCUUCCCUCAAUUUUGGUGAGCUAAAUUUGUAUCUUCCUCCUCCACUUAAAAUACACGCUCGCAAGAGAGAGAAUGUGGCCGAUUACGGUUGAAGAAGUUACUUUUUUGUUUCAAGAUGUUAUUUCAAGAGAUGAUUUUUGCCAGUCGUGUCAUUUUUUCUUUCUGUGUUUUGUGUCUCAGGGUUAUGUAUAGUUUGUUUUCUGUAUAGAUGGGCAUUGCCUGUAUUUGUUCAAGGAAAGGUAAUCUCUUAGUUUUCUGUUUUUAAAUGUUUUUGUGAAUAUACUAUUUUUGAGAACUCUUAUUUUAGAAGACAUCCGUACGUUGUAUGAUUGCGCUUCACUGCAGCGGUCAUAUUUAAAACACAAAUAUUGCCAAAAGCUGAAUAGCUAACCUUAGUGUUAUUCUGGACUGAAAUAACACAAGUUAAGUGUGCCCAAAGUAGUUAAAAAAUAAUUUGUAGCUUCAUUUCAUAUUUGAGUACCUUUUUUUUUAAAUAGAAGUCUCUUGUGUGUAGUUUGUAUAUUUGCUUUGUAAUUAAUUUCUAGAAGCCUUUGAUUUGCACAAUUUGUACAAAGAAAUCUCUUAAUGGUCUUAAUUUUGUAUCUUUGUCUUAGCCCAGCACGGGUAGUGUGAAUAAUCAAAGCCUUUUUGUAGCAAAUAAUUGAGUUAUUUCUCUUUCAACAGACUUCAUUUGCUCUGUGUGCAAGUCUCCGAUGUAUCAAACAUUCUGAUAUAUUAAGCUAUUACUGAUAGACCAUCUGUUAGUUCACGUCUUGUCCAUGUUUCUACAGUUCAUCGUGUCAAUAAAUGGCAUCUUGUUGAAAACGUA